AUGGGUCACGCUACCACAGCUCCACCAACUCGAACUACCACUGCAACUGUUACUGUUGGACGGGUCCAACCACGACUGCCCGGACAGACAUUAACGAAUUCGUCCUCAUUUUCUACACCUACUUAUACUAUUAACGCACGUCCUGCUGAAAUGAACCUCAACUAUAAAGCGCUUUAUGAGAAGGAGAAAUUGGAGUGCGAACGACUGAGGAAGGAAUUAGAGGAAGUGAAACGGUCCCAUGAUCAUAAUGGAUCUGUUGCCGCAUUGCGCUCAUCCUCAUCGCGGUUCCGCAACGGCUCCCCUGCUAGCGGACCUGCACCGGUAUUGAAGUCUGCAUCGGGCAACUCCUUAGAUGAUAAUGAACGACGGUCAUUGGAGCGAAAAAUAGCUGAUCUUGAAAUUCAACUUAAGGUAAUAAUUGCGGUUCGAUAGUU